AUGAAUGAAGUUUUAUUCAUGUCAUUCCAGCUGAAGUUUCAACUUUCAGACCCUUUGUCCAGCGACUGUAGAAGAUUACAGUUCAAGAAAACAGAUAAAAUGUUAUUUAUUUGCAUGCUGAUUGUGGCAAUCGCCUAUGCCCAGGAAAAUGCAUUGGACAAUGGAUUUGAAUAUGAUACAAAAACAGGUCUAUACUAUCGCAUGUUAGAGGAUGCAGAGAAGGAUAGGUGCACCAGUGGUUACUUUGAAACGAGUACUUCGAACUACGUCAAUUAUGACUGCUGUCAUUACCUUCAAUGUGACGUUAACACAGUGAACGCUACCCAUGUGUAUGUUAGAGCUUGUGAAGAACCAAUGGUAUGGAAUAUCGAUAAAUGUUCAUGUGACUUCAGACGGCAUGUACGAAGUUGUAGGAAUACCCCAUCUGAAUGCUAUGAGAUCGUAGAACCUCCUCCAAGUUGCCCCGCUGUCGACGAACUACCUCCGAGUGAAUGUUGCAGGGAUGGAGUAUUUUACAUUCCGGAUGAAACAUUAAAAUCUUUUCGAUUAUCAAGAGAUGCGAAGUCAGCGGAGCCAAUAGAAUGUCCAUUUGAACAGACGUUUGACCUCGAAGAGUGUGCGUGUACUGGGGAUGUACCAUUAUGGCGCGGCGAUUGCGUUUAUUUCAACUUUGAUGGGAACUACAAGGAUAAUCUUCAGGCAACAUGGAUGUUUCCUGGAAGUGUAGAAUUCAAUCCGAUCGAUCCUCCAAUCGCUGAUUUCCAAAGGGACGAGAGUUUGGGUCCACUCGUUCUCGCUGGAAGAUUUGUAAACGAGACACCAGCCGCAAUUCCAUACUUCUCUAAAGUACUACUUGGAUAUGAUGUUACGAUUAUGGCAUGGUUCUAUACGAGGUAUGUAUCAGGAAACCUAUGGGACAAUGGAGACAGUACUGUGAGAGGAGAGGGGUCAACACUUUUCUUCACGCUCGAUUUAGAUGAGGAUCGUAAAAGAAAACGCCAAGCUGAUAAUGAAGUUGAAGUAUCAGACGAAGCCUAUAGGGUUUCGAAGGCGCUUAGAUACCGACUUAGGGGGAAGGCGUGUGCUUUCGGUGGUUGUGCUUCAUAUGAUUCAGCCAAAGUUAUUGAAAUUGGGGAUCGACAGAGAGGUCAAAAUGGACAAAGUGAUGAGCCUGAAUCCCAACCAAUGUGGGUGCACCUUGCCAUGAAGAUGACGGGUUUUAAGGUGUACCUCUAUGUAAAUGGAGCAUUAGUGGGUUCAGGAGACGCGGGAAUAGAUCCUAUUUACGGGACCGAGAGACCCCUUUAUGUUGGCCGACGAUACACUGGGCUUAUGGAUGAUUUGAUCGUGUGUCGGUUUGCUUGGACAGAUGACGAGGUCCUUGAAUUUUACCAAAACAGAAUUAUUCCUCCAACGCCAACGUAUCACCUUUAGAAGACUUCUCAAAUAUAACCAAUUUGCAUUGACAAUAACUGGAACACUGCUGUCUGAAAACGAUUGAAAUAAAAUUGUACAUUAAGUGAAAGAUAAAUACUUA